AUGAAAAUGUCUUACUUUAACUGGUGGAGCGCAGGUCUUUGCGCUGGUGUUUUAACUGCGGUGACUGUCAUCGUCUAUAUAGAAGACCGUAUUGGUUGGGGUGUGGCUGGUAUCAUACUCACCGUAGUCAUGGCUACAUCGCUUUUGAUCUUUCUUAUUGGUACACCGUUCUAUCGUUAUCGUGCACCUACGGGUAGCCCGUUGACCCCUGUGUUGCAAGUCUUUGUUGCUGCCAUAGCCAAAAGACAUCUUCCUUGUCCCAAUGAUUCUGCUCUUCUUCAUGAAUUGUCUAGAGAAGAGUGUACAAAAGGACGCCUUCUUUCCAGGACCAAUAAUCUUAAAUUUCUAGACAAAGCAGCCAUUAUCCACAACCGCGGAAGGGAGAAUGUUAUGGCCGAGAAGGAGAGUCCAUGGAAGCUCGCAACGGUAACAAAAGUAGAAGAACUUAAGUUACUUAUCAACAUGAUUCCAAUCUGGUUCUUUACAUUAGCCUUUGGUAUUUGCGCCACUCAAAGCACAACAUUUUUUAUCAAACAAGCCAUUGUCAUGGACAGAAACAUUGGUCACAGCUUUGUAGUUCCUCCAUCAUCCAUGUUCGCCCUCGUAGCUCUCUCCAUGAUCAUCUCCCUAACAGUCUACGAGAGACUCCUUGUACCUCUUUUAAGAGGUGUCACAGGAAAUGAGAGAGGUAUUAGUAUUCUAAAAAGAAUAGGGAUCGGUAUGGUUUUCUCCUUAAUCACCAUGAUCGCUGCUGCUUUAGUUGAGCGAAAGAGAUUGGAUUAUACUAAGCAACAUCACAUGACUAUGAGUGCUCUAUGGUUAGCUCCUCAAUUCAUAAUUAUAGGUAUAGCAGACCCACUUAGCCUUGUGGGUCUUCAAGAGUAUUUCUACGACCAAGUCCCUGAUUCAAUGAGAAGUUUAGGCAUAGCGUUUUACCUUAGUGUGAUUGGAGCGGCUAGCUUUGUCAACAAUCUUUUGAUGACGGUUAGUGAUCAUUUGGCCGAGAAAAUCUCGGGGAAGAGCUGGUUUGGUAAAGAUCUUAAUAGCAGCCGCCUGGACCGCUUUUACUGGAUGCUAGCCGCUUUGACUGCUGUAAAUAUAUGCUUCUUUGUGAUUGUAGCCAGAAGAUAUACUUACAAGAGUGUGCAAUCAAGUGUGGCUGUUGCUGACGGUGGCGAUGACGUCGAGAUGGCCUCGGUAGCUAAUACUUCAAAGUAUACUUAA